UGUUUGUUUUGCAUUGGCCUUGUUAGCUGCUAAAUGUUCUAUGGAAGGGGCUUUCCUUGGUUCAGUUGUCGCUUUAAUGAAUCUUACUCAUUGUAAUCGUUACCCCAGUGAGUCAACGAGGGAUGAGGUCAUCGACUUUAUCGAGAAGAUUGAGAAGUUUGCUCGCCAUUUUGGUCAGAUCAAGGCGGAUAAUGUAUGGAAUUUACUUAAGGAUCGGCUCCCAAAACAAUCUGGAUCUACUUCAGUUUAUGAAGGAAUUACUUUUAAGAAGCAUGAACCGUUCACUGCUGGUUUUUUUGGAAGAAAUUUUGAAUUUGAAUAUGUUGCUUAUAUUCCGAAAAUUUACUAA